GCGGAGGGCUAGAGGGGUGGGGACCCUGGAGAGGUGGCGGUCCGGAGUCUAGGCGACGGGGCGUGACGGGGCCGGAAGGUGGCGGGAGGGGGCCGGGCCGGAGCCGGCGGGAGGGCCAGGUCCCGAGGCCCCGACCCUGGCGUGCCCGCCCCCUCCGCGGCAGAGGAGGAAGAGGAGGAUGAUCUCCAGAUACACCCGGAAGGCGGUGCCUCAGAGCUUGGAGUUGAAAUAUAACUUUUUAAAAAAUCUUUCACAGGAAAGGAAUAACAAAACAUGCUAUUAAUCAUCAUCCCCUUCCAGAGCAGCUGGAUGAAAUUUCUUCUACCAAUGACAGCCAUGAAAAAGAUACGAGUUCCCAAAGUGAGUCUGACAUCACACAAGAAUCACCUUUUACAUCAGCUGACACUGGGAAUUCAAGAUCUGCUUUUCCAAGUUAUACAGGCACAGGGAUCUCCACUGAAGGCAGCUCGGACUUCUCCUGGGGAUAUGGAGCUUGAUCAAAAUGCCACUGAAAAGGUCCAGGCAAUGUUCACAGCCAUUGACGAGCUCUUGUAUGAGCAGAAGUUGAGUGUGCAUACUAAGAGUCUACAGGAAGAGUGCCAACAAUGGACAUGCAGCUUUCCUCACCUCAGGAUCCUGGGUAGGCAGAUAAUCACUCCAAGCGAAGGAUAUGGACUGUAUCCUAGAUCCCCUUCUGUUGUUUCAGUUUCACAUGACACAACACUUUCUCAAGAAAGAGAUUCUACUAUAUUUGGUAUUAGGGGAAAGAAGUUACACUUUUCAUCUUCUUAUGCUCACAAAGCAUCUCCCAUUGCCAAAUCCCCUAGUGUGUAUUCUAUGGAAAGAGAGGAGGAAGACUGUAUAAUCUUCUCUGAAGGAAUAAUAGAGGAAUACCUAGCAUUCGACCACACUGAUAUGGAAGAGGGGUUUCAAGGAAAGAAAUUACACGCAUCUCCAGAGAAACAGAAAUUAGGGUACCCUCCCAUUGCUCCAUUUUACUGCAUGAAAGAGGACGUCCUUGCUUAUGUGUUUGACGACGUGUGGAGCAAAGUUCUGAGCUGUAUGGAGCAGCUGACACGUAGUCAUUGGGAGGGAUUUGCUUCUGAUGAUGAGAGUAAUGUUGCAAACACCAGACCAGUUUCAGAAAGCCCCUGUGUGCUGAGUGAACCACAACCCUUGGUUUUACCUCGAGUGCCACAGUCGAAGGUGCUGUCCAUCACCUCAAAUACAAUGAAUCUCUGUCAAGCAGCAAGUGGUCAUCAGCCAAAUGUGAAUGGUCUCUUGGUCCAUGGGAUGCCUCUACAACCAAGAAAUCUCUCCCUAAUGGACAAGCUACUAGAUCUUGAUGACAAGCUACUUAUGAGACCUGGAUCCAGUACCAUCCUUUCAACCCGAAAUUGGCCAAAUCGAGCCCUGGAGCUUAGUACAUCAGCUCUGUCAUACACAGUGCAGUCCGCCAGGAGACGCAAUCCCCCACCACGUACGCUUCAUCCCAUCAGCACAAGCCAUUCAUGCGCUGGAACGCCAAGGCCUGUGGAAGAAAUCCUCAGAGGAUCCCGAGUAUUCAGUAAGAGAUGUCUAUACCGACCACAAAUCUUUCAUGACACCAGGGUUCUUCUCACCUGUCCAGGAGCGGCGGACUCACUCUCCUCUCCCUCACCAAUGCCCCUGAGUCGAAACAAUCUCCUGCCACCUAUUGGCACAGCUGAAGUGGAACACUUAAGCACUGUGGGGUCACAAAGGCAAACGAAAACCCAUGGUGACUCCAAUCGAGCUCGAAGUGCAGUGGUGGAUGAGCCUAACCAUCAGCAGCCCCAGGAGAGGCUCCUUUUACCUGACUUUUUCUCCAGGCCCAACACUACUCAGUCAUUUUUGCCAGAUACACAAUAUCAUUCGUGUGUUGCUGAGUAUCCUCAUCAGGCCCGACCUGGUAGGGGAUCUGCAGUGACAGGUGGGACCAUUGCUCUUAUUUUACUAUGUGGCUAUGUUAAGACCCUGCCUUUGUCUGUUUUCUAUGUUUAUUUUCCCUUCCUCCAGAUUUUAUUAUAUUUUGUUUUCCUACAUUUGUAUAUCAUCUCAAAUUCCUUUGGAAAUGGCAUAUAAUAAAGAUCGAGGAGACCUCUGUUGCCCAGAGCCAAGUUCCAGAUUCGUUUUCUCAUAUGUAAAUUAACUUCUCACCACUCUGGCAAAAUAGACAGUACUUUCUUUUCUUCAAUCUAAAAAACUUAAGUGAAAUAAGUCAUUUUUAUAACAUUCAAACACUGCAUGGGUUUUAUUAUGUAGAUCCAUAUUUCUGUAGAAUAAACUUGCUAUGGUCAGUUAACCUGCUAGGCCAAGGUAAGAAAAGAAAUUUAAAAAUGACAAGAAAUGCAGAGUCUUAGCCUAUCCCAUUAACUUUUAUUUCUAAGUCAUAUUCUAUAGACUGUAUUUUCAUAGCAAAGAAGAAAUUUUAAGGAUAUCUUAACUUAAAAGUUAUCUUCCUAUAAUGGUCUUCUCACCACCAUCAGGGUCAUUCUCAUUAUGUUGUAGGUGAAAUAUGGAAGUAUUAAGCAGUUGAAAUGUUUCCUGUUAAUAAGAUUAAAAAAUAAUCUGCCUCAAAUUAUCUGUCAUCCAAGUAAAUUCUCUUGUUCAGUUCCUAUUUGCAUUUUUUGGCAGUCUCUGAAUGCUUUCAGUGGAUUCUUUUCUUGGAUUAGUAGUCCUCAAAGAGACACAGUGCUGCCUCUGAGCUAUACUCAUUUAGCCAUGUUGAUGGCCAGUUAUAACAUUUAGAUAAGUGAAACAGACAUAUUAGUCUGUUUUACUUGGUGGGUUCUUCUCUAGAACUAGGUUUCAUAUCUUAAUACAGACUUGUAGGUUUUACAUGAUAAAAUAAUGCAAAUGUGGUUCUUACUGCCUUGGUAAAUAUAUACUUUAUUACUUAGUACCAGUCUCCAAAUUUCAGUCCAACUGAUAAUUGGAGCAAAAAAGCCCUUAGAUAUAAAUUUGAGAUUACCAAAUCUAAAAUGUCUACUAAUGUUACUUUAUGAUGUCAUCUUUGUCUGACAGGUCCUCAGUUACAUGGGUCUACAAAAUCUCAAAACAGAGGUGGACCAGUCUCUAGAACCAAGCAGGGACCAUAGGGCAAAUAGAAGAACCUGCUUCAGGCUGCAGGGAACACGUGAGAGAAUUUCAUGAAUCAGUGUCCAGUCAUCUUGUGAUGCGAAGCUUGUAUACAAAAGAACUUAAAACCAUCUUCAUGAAGUGUUAAUCUGGUGUAACUGACUGAGGAAAAAAAAAAGAAUAUCCGCCAAAGAUUACAUGGGUACUGUUUUUCCAGUUACCAUCUUCUUUCAGCAUUAAGUUAACCUACUCCACUGGACAGAAUUUGUAUCCAAAAAUGUAACAAAUGAAUAAUUAUCCCCAAAUCACUGCUCAUGUUGUCUGUUAAUGAUGAUCAGUUCAAUUAUAGGAUUCUAUAAGAGUCUAUGAAGACUAUACAUACAUAAAAAGCAGCAAAUGAUUGUUUGAUAACAUGAAGCUAUAUCACUGGCUUCAGAACACUUCCACUUGUAUGAAUUUCUGGAGAGUUGUACUCAUUUUUAAGGCAUUUUUAGGAGACAGUUCUGUCAAAACUCUGAGCUACUCAUCAAACAGAUGUCAUUCCUAAAGCUUUCUCUUUAGAUGUCCAAUCUUCUAGGCAAAGAGGUAUGGAAGGGGUGAGUAAUAAAGACAUAAAUGUUGAA